AUGCAGAUCGGCACCGCUGACUGCACCACAGAUAUCUGGUUUCAACUUCCUCCCGAGGUCUUGGUCAGUCGGUAUCAUACUAUCAACAAGAAGGCCAACCAGAGACUCCGUGCUCGCCUCGGCAACGCAUACGAUGCCGAACAUAUUCGACAAACCAUCAUCUUUGGCGCGGGCAAGCGGUGUGCUCCCAAUCAAAUGCACACUGUUGCAUGUUAUCCUAUUCCAGAAGCUCCUCUGCCUGAUGACUUGUAUGGCGCCAAUACUGAUACCGUGAUGGGUAAGAACAAGUACACUAGCUUGAAGCAAAGAUAUCUCAAUUCCGGCUACAUCAUCGGGCCCGCCAAGGACAUGCGAAAGAUGUUUCGGCGAGCAUGGGAAAAAGUGCAAGCUAUGCAAGAUCAUGAUCCCUGGGACAAUGGCAGUGGCGGAUCCGACUUCAUGUACCACGGCUCCGACCAGUCCAUCUUCAACACCAUGUGGGGAGAACAAGAAUUCCAACGCGAAGUCAUGCGAAGGAGGCAUCUCAGCGUGAUCGACCGACUCCGUGGCCACAGCACCCCAAAACCAUACUAUCUCGAAGGCACACUCGUCGACGACCCUCUCAACCCCUCCUUCACGCAUCAACCCAUGGAGCACAAACAAGGCCAACCAGACGAAUUCGGAAUCGGCGUCGACUACUUCAGCGAUCUCGGCCACCAAACCGUCAACACCGAAGACGACACCCAGUAUCUCAUCUACAACCAAAACAUCUCCGCCCAACUCCAAGACCGCGACCAUAAACUCUUCGACUGCCCCUCCCGCGUCACCGGCCUCCUCCCCGACGACAUCCUCCACACCAGCCCUCCACUCACCACCCACAAGUCCUGGACCGAAUUGCCCCUCUUCACCAAUCGCUGCCUCAAUACCAUCCCCGUCAUGAUUCACCAUAAUGGGGAUAAAGGCGCUCGUGGCUGGCAGUGGCCCAUGUCGUGGAUGCAAGGUCACGCGAGACGGGAAUUCGAAAUGCUUUUGGGGAAUGAGGAGAGUGUGUUCGCGGCGGGAAGGUCUACGGGAGGAGCGUUUUUGCCUUCGGGAGAAUAUCUGACUUUUCAGGAUUUGUGUCCGAGGGAAUUUGAGUGGGAGUUGUUUCGUGAUGUAGAGAAACCGGAGGAUACGCCGGUGGGGAUGUGA